GCCUCUCUCCUCCUUUUCAGCUUUCUCCUCCUUUCCAGGAAAUCCAGGUGCUGGGCUGGUUUUCCCAGAAGAAGUCUCAAAGUGUUUAACGGGCUUGUGCGUAACGUUAUUUCUUGAUGAACGUGUUGCUUGUACAUUAACCUGCGCCAUUAACCUGGACACAGAGAGUCAAUGGAUGGAGCUUCGUCUUCUAUUUGUGUUUUGACACAAAACUAUUUAAUGCUGCAUCAUUCUGUCCUACGCUGUUUGGUUCUCCUGGCUGUCCUGCUGAGCCAUAAUACUGACGCUCUCCAGGUGAUUGGUGGAAGGGUGACAGUGGUUCAGGGAGGAACUGCUAUCUUACCAUGCGAACUCAUUGACUCAAGUGAUGACUUGACCCAGAUUACCUGGCAGAGGAGGACCAGAGAAAACCCUCAAAAUAAAAAUUUUAUUACUAUCCAAUCUGGAAAUAUACCGUUGUUUGUCAAUGGUCAUGAUGAUCGAUUUAAGUAUAUUGGGAAUUUUAAGAACAAAAAUGGAACGCUCCAGUUAUCCAGUGUUGCCCUGAAGGAUGAAGGCAUCUACACGUGCAUCUUCACCUUGUUUCCCAGUGGAAAUCAGAAGACUGAGAUUCCUCUAAACUUGCUUGUGCCUCCUUCCACAAGCGUGAAGGACAAUCUUCCCACUUUGGGUACAGAAGAGGUUUUAUUUGCUACCUGCACGGCUGCUGGCUCGAGGCCUCCUGCAGAGGUGAGGUGGCUCACUGGUACUUUGGCAGGAAAAGUGAGGACGACAACAAACUCCACCCAGUAUGACAACGGUACAACCACCACAGUCAGCUCUCUGUUUGGUGUACCUACAAGAGAGCUCAACGGUCACCUGGUCCAGUGUGUCAUCAGCGGUGACUCCCUGUCAGAAAAAGAAACUCUGCCCUUCACAUUACAGGUUCACUUUUCUCCCGCAGAAGUGAACAUCAGAGCGAUUUCAGAGGAUUCAUUUGACUGUGUGUCAGAAGGCAACCCAGACCCCAAAUUUAUCUGGAGGAGAGCUGGCCAGCCUUUGCCGCAGUCUGCUGUCAAAGUAGAGGGUGCAAAGCUACAACUGCUGAGUCUGACCUCUGACCUAAAUGGCCUCUAUCAGUGUGAAGCAUCUAAUGCAUAUGGAAGAAAACACGCUCAGCUCUAUGUGCAUGUGAUAUCAGGAUCUUGCUUUGCUGGUUGGGCCUUGUUUAGUCUUUUGCUUUCCCUGAAUGUUUUGGGGGCUGCAGGAUGGUACUUUUAUAAAUCUGGAUGCUUUCAAAAGUACUUGACCUUUUGGCAUGGUAAGAGGCAUCUUUCCAAUCCAGCACCAGUAGUAUCCAGUAAUGGCAAAACACAUGAAAAACACAAGGAAGAGGAAUUAUUGACUUAUAUGGAAACAAAAGACUCCACCAAGGAGACACCCUAGACUUACAGGUAACUGGUUAAUGAACAGAUGAUCGUAUUGCUUGGUGGAUCAAAGUAUGACAGUACUGCUGCAUUCAUUCACAAGAAGGACAAGAUCACCACACUAUAGACCACAUGUCAAGUUUGUGGCUUGUAUCAUCUGUGAGGCAUGAGCAUUAAACUUUAUUUUAUUUGACAUUUCAGCAUCCCAGAAAAAGAACUACUGCAUUAAAGCAUCACACAAUGAAAAAAUAUAACAGUUUUUCAUGUACUAUACACUUGUGUCUCAAAUGGGUAAAGACACGUGUGUGUUUACCCACACACUUACCCAAGCAUUAACUUGUUAAAGCAUGCCAUUUGCACUGUAUUUUUUUUUUUAAUUGAUGGUGGUGUAAAUUUUUUUCAUGAUGACAUUGCUGAUGUUUUUUUAAUAAACUGUAAUUUAAAAAGA